CAGAUACCGAACAAAACCAUGGCGCAAGGACAGAUCAAGAAAUCCAAAGCGCCGGCCCCGAAGAACACCCAGCGCAAACAGACCGGCGCUCGAGUGAUCAAACCGAAAAAAGCCUCGAUUUUGAAAACCCAACAGCUCAAGAAGAAGCACUCAUCGGGGCUCGCAGAGCUCACAGAGAAAUCUCUUGCUAGCAGAGCAGGACACUUGGAGUUGUUGAAAGGUGGAAAGAAGGAGAAGAGACAGGAGUUGGCGAAGAAGGCGCAAGAGGCGGCGAAGAAGAAGGGAACGUGAAGAGCGUGAUUAAGCCACGGAAGAACCUGCAGAUUGCUCUUGUUUUGGGCAGGCGAAUAUGCUAAAGCCUUGAUACCCGUAGGUCGUGCGAGAGCCGGCUUUACAUAUAUGUACGGGCCCGAGCGGCCAUGCUGGAGGGUGCAUAGCUUAUCGUGACCACGAGGAGCAUAGACAAUUGCCGGAACACUCCGCGCAUCGCCAGCACAGACAAUCCUCGGAACACUCCGCCCAUUGCUGGGCACAGAAUGAAACGGCAAGGGUU